AUGGUGUUCCUGAUGCAAGAUCGCACAGUACGGACAGCAAUUGGAAGCAUGAUGAGUGCUCCUCCAAUAUCCAGUGACUCCAAUGCCAGCUGUAUCUCUGCUCUAAGCUCCUGCACAACAGCUGCUAACAUGUCGAGGAAACAGUACUUCACCCAGACUGGGAGAUAUGAUGGUAGGACAGUGGCCAUAAAGAAAAUAAUGAAGAAGACAUUCACGGUGUCCAAAUCCAUACGUAAAGAAGUAAAGCGGGUGAGGGAACUUGACCAUCUCAAUCUCUGCAAAUUCAUUGGAGGCUGUAUAGAAGUGCCAAAUGUUGCCAUCGUGACAGAGUACUGCCCCAAAGGCAGACUUAGUGAUGUUCUGCUCAAUGAAGACUUUCCUUUGAACUGGGGCUUCAGGUUUUCUUUUGCUACUGAUGUUGCACAAGGAAUGGCCUAUCUUUACCACCACAAAAUGUAUCAUGGACGGUUGAAGUCUACUAACUGCGUGAUAGAUGACCAAUGGGUUUGUAAAGUUGCAGAUUAUGGUUUGCAGUCAUACAGAAAAGAAGAUUCUCCUGAGAGGUCAAGCUCAUACCAGCAGCCUUUGAUACAGAUUUACACAGCACCUGAAAUCCAUUCCCUUUCAGACUUCGAACCCAAUCCUAUGACAGACAUCUACAGUUAUGCCAUCAUUUUACUAGAAAUUGCCACAAGAAGUGACCCUAUACCAAAAGAUGAUGUGCAUUCAGCUGAAUAUUCUUGGUGCCUACCUUUGCCAGAAUUAGGAAAGGCUGAGAAUUCUUGCCCAUGUCCAACAGAUUACAUAGAGUUAAUCAGAAGGUGCAGAAAAAAUAAUCCAGCCCAAAGGCCUACAUUUGAACAAGUCAAGAAAAUGUUGUACAAGAUGAGUCCUAACAAAAUUAGCCCUGUUGACAUGAUGAUGACUCUGAUGGAGAAAUAUAGCAAACAUCUGGAGACACCAGUUUCUGAGAGAACCCAGGAUUUAAUGCUUGAAAAACAGAAGACUGAUCGUCUGUUGUAUAGUAUGUUGCCAAAGCAAGUAGCAGAUGAUCUCAGGCAGGGAAAACAUGCACAAGCUCAGAGUUACUUAAGUGCCACCAUCUUUUUCAGUGACAUUGUCGGCUUCACUCAGCUGUCCAGCUACAGCACACCUUACCAAGUGGUAGGUCUUCUCAACAAACUUUAUACCACUUUUGAUGAAAUCAUAGAUAACUAUGAUGUCUAUAAGGUGGAGACAAUAGGAGAUGCCUAUAUGGUGGUGUCAGGAGUACCCAAAGAGAACGGGAUCCUUCAUGCUGGUGAGAUUGCAAGCAUGGCUUUAGACCUUCUGGAUGUCUGCAAGACUUUUAAGAUUCCACACAAGCCCAACACCCUCCUAAAGAUAAGGGCAGGAAUCCAUUCAGGGGCAGUUGUAGCUGGAGUUGUUGGGACCAAAAUGCCGCGGUAUUGUUUAUUUGGAGAUACUGUGAAGACAGCUUCCAGGAUGGAAUCUACCAGUGAAGCUCUUAAAAUACAGUGCAGUUCAAGUGCAUACCAGCUGUUGGAGCAGAUUGGAGAGUAUGUGUUAGUAUGCCGUGGGAAUUUACAAGUCAAGGGGAAAGGACAUAUGGUAACAUGCUGGCUUGAAGGUAAGAAAGCCUCUGCCACCCAGAAGGCAGUCGCCAGCACUUCUGUGACUCCUCAGGACCCCAACAGAGCUUUGUUUAGUUUGCUACCAGGUGUCCUUCCCAGUGAUCCUCUCUCAUGUCCUGCUUACUAG